UGUCAUGCAUGCGCACUCAGGUGCACGGCCGGGUCGUCAGCGGCAAUUUCCCCGUACAAAAAAGUGCUCCGCUCCGCUGCGUCCGAUCGACCGGAUACAAUACAUACGCAUGAAUAGGACAAUCAUUUUAUCAUUUUUAUGUAUGUUAAUGCGAUAAACUGUGGACGAGAUUUUAGUCUGAAUCUGCAUCUACCUUUACCUGUUCCUUGCACUAUGCUUGUACUAAACAAGGAUUUGUAUCUUAGACUUCGGAAAUAGGCCUACAUCAAAGAUCCAUUGUUUUGCUCUCGGUGUGCAAACCAGACGUGACCGGCAUGUUGUUUUGUUUAUUCAAUUCGCAUGGUUUCCACAUGUUUCAGAGUCAUUAUCAAGCCAUUGUAUUCAUGUGAAGUCAUAGUGAGUUCGUGUUUACAGAGGAAACUCUUGAUCGAUUGGGAAAUCACCUGACAGUGUCCUGACAGUACCCUCAGCCUUGAUUUUGAAUACGAUACAGUUAUGAGGGCUGCAGACAUUGACGGAACAGCUCGUGAAACAACGACGUCAUCCAUGAACUCUGCUGGUCGACGCCAUAGCCAACCAGCAACCAUUACCCAUACAGGAAACACCAACAACAGCAAUACUGCCCACGAAACGAGCGCCAAUUCCACCGGGCUUUUAGCGUCUCUCUGGACGAAAAUGUCCGAAUAUGUGGAGCUGAGGACGUUGGAGUCACAUCCCAGUGUCUCGUCAACUGACUCUGGAAGGUUCUCUGCCGGGUCGGACUUGUUCGAUUCGGGGGAGUCUAUCAACGGCUUGCUGGCCGACAAGCAGGCCGUGCAAUCGGCUGAACGACCAGUGCAACAUCGAAACGGACACCAGCACAAGGAACAUGGGCACACUCACAGGAACAGCAUAUGGAAUUAUUUCUUUGGCGGUGGUGGUGGUGGUGGCGGUGGGACUAGCUCGGAUACCAAACAGUCCAGCAGUGUAACAAAAUCUAAACCUCCAUCAAGGAAGAACUCUUCAACUUCAUCGCUUGAGGCAUCCGGGCAUCGUCCAAGGAGUGCAUCAUACUCCUCCCCAUCUCUGUCCGCCUCGGCUAAUCACACCAAAGUCAAAGAAAGCAUUCCCACCGCUGCAGAGACUGAAUUUGCUGCCAAUGGUACAAACACGUGGCUGGAGUGGAAUCCCUUGGGUGAUGAGGAUGACUCCGACAGCUCUGAUUCGUCGUCGCUAGUUGCCGAGGAUGAGCUGUUGCACCAGGGAACAGGGGAGGGGCAUAACUUUGUUCCAGUGUUUUCAAACUUCACUUGGUGCGAUCAGUGUGGUGGGGUCAUAUGGGGCUUUCGACAAUGCCUACGGUGUUCAUAUUGUAAGUACACAUGUCACUACAAGUGCCUGAACGAAGUGAAACUUGACUGUGAUGAGUCACCAGUCUUCAAAGAGGCUCCAUCGGAGUCACCACAGCACACAAUUGUUGCAAUACAGGAUGGUGUGGAGGACACAAGUUCUUUGACUGGGCUGUCUAGAGAGGAGCUGAUGUGGAGAAUUGAAGAGUUCAACAGGAAGGUGGAGUCGUAUCCCAUCAAACUGGAGAGUGACAGCUUAAUAUUUGUGGGUAGCCUGCGGAUCUACAUGAACCUCUCACGACCAAUCAGCAUUCCCAGUGGCUCUCCGCUACCCAAAGUGUGCAGUACGUUGCGUCCAUACGACCACAGUGUGGACCACAGCAAGAGACGCACUUCCUUCUUUCUCCCGAAAAAUACCUAUGAGGAUAUUCAGAUAGCCAGUGAGUCCACGGCCAUUCAGGUCAUCCAAGGUGUUCUGAGUCACAUUCAAGUCAUCGAUAAUUGCCGCAAAUUCGCUCUCUUUGAGCGCUCAGAAGAAAACGGUGAAGUGUUGAUGAGAAAACUGGCGGAUGAGGACAAGCCGCUGUUGCUUAGACUGUUGUGGGGAGGGGACAAUGCAACAAAGCGAUAUGAGUUACGAGAGAAUGAAACUGGACAGAUUGAGUGGGAGGCAUUUACGGUGCCCGAGCUGCAGAAUUUCCUCCGUAUCUUGGACAAGGAAGAGCAAGACCACAUCGAGCAAGUGCAGAAUAAGUAUCUGGUCUAUGAGAAACGCCUCAAGGAUGCGAUGGCUUACAUUGAUUAGGAACUGUCAACACAAAAACCCAAACCGAAACGAGAAAACCUUGUGCCCAAGUGUAUUGAUGAUUGCUUUAGCUUUGUAGUUCUACAGAGCAGAGUUAUGGACUAUUUUGGUCCAACACUGGAUUUGAAGUUUUGUUCUCCUAAUGCAGCACAUCCCUGACAAGGUGAGCAAUACAGGCAAUUUCAAAGCAGUGCUGAGCAGAAUUAAAUUCCCAAGCUUUUGGACCUUGGCCCUUCCUCAGGGGUUGUUCUUGCAUAUUUUGAACACAGAGAACUCCACAUUUAGACAGCUGGGUGAGAGCGUCCCCAGAUUGAAUGCAAGACGCUGCUUGCGAUCUUUGCAUUUUGC